AUGGAUGCUUCCCGUGCUUCGCAGCUUUUGGACCCCACGUCUGCCGUGGCGGCCAUCACGAAACAUAAAGCGGAAGCAAUUAAACUGGCUCGCGAGCAAGCCGCCGCAGUCCAGGAAAUGUGCCGCAGAGCUAAAACGGAGAUGCCACCUUACGAAUUUGAAGAGUUGAUUGGUAAAGGUUCCUACGGUCGUGUUUACAAGGGACACCAACUUCCCUCGCGCCAGGUCGUUGCAAUCAAAGUUAUGGAUGUUGACACGCUCGAUUACAAGACUCUGCGAGACUUCAAAGACGAUUCUAUCAAGGAGUUUAUCCACGAGACGAAGGUCAUGAAGCAGGUCAAGGACUCGGGAGCAAAAAACAUCAAUGAAUUGAUCGAGGCUAUCUCCAUUCACUCGCAACUGUGGCUAGUUUGCGAGUACUGCCCUGGUGGGAGUGUCAGAACCUUGAUGCGAGCUACAGGUGAUCGGCUCGAUGAAAAGUUCAUCAUCCCCAUUGCCCGCGAAUUAGCUGCCGGCUUGCGUGCUAUCCAUAAUGCUGGAAUCAUCCAUCGAGAUAUCAAGGCCGCCAAUAUCUUGAUCCACGAAGAAGGCCGGCUCGAGAUCUGUGACUUUGGCGUGGCGGGUGUUCUUCAGUCGCAAAUGGACAAGCGCUCUACUUGGAUUGGAACGCCUCACUGGAUGCCACCCGAGAUGUUCUCCACCCGCGGCGAAGCACAUCAAUACGGCAGUGAGAUCGAUGUAUGGGCUUACGGAUGCACCCUGUUCGAGUUCGCUUCGGGAAACCCCCCGAAUGCCAACCUCCGCGAGCGAAUGCAAAUUGGAAGGCAAUUGAACCGAAACGCCCCAAAACUCAAGAAUGAUAAAUACAGCGAUGAACUCAAGGACUUGGUUGCAUUUGCUUUGGAGUCCGAUCCGAUCGCGCGCCCUGCAAUGGACGAUAUUUUGGACCACGCAUACAUCGCCAACACCGAAGAGGAAUAUCCUACGUCUUCCCUUAGCGAGCUCGUCCGCAUAUACUACCAGUGGUCUCAGCGGGGAGGGCAGCGUAUUUCCCUGUUCCACCCUGGGGGUGCCGCAGCUGCCGAGAUGCCAGAUGAUGGCCCGGACGUGGAAUUGGACUGGAAUUUUAGCGCUACAGAUGGGUUCGAAAGGAGGUUUUCCGUCAUCGAUCUCGACCAGCUGGCUGCCUCGUUAGCUGAAAUGGAAGACAAAAUCAGUCCAACAACCUCUAACGACGAAGCGGAAGCCGAUGCUCUCGAACGAGUGGCGAAUGAAGACAUGUCCGAGGAUGAAAAGGCCAAUUUCGAUGAGCGUGUCCGCCGAGGUGCUGAAGCCAUGGAAGGCCUCUUCAACGAGGAACUUCCAGACUACAAAUACGAGACGAAAAACGACUUCAUCCCUAUUGAGCAGAAGCAGCCCAUGUCAGAUCUACCUCUCCGUACAGAGACAGACAGAUCCUCAGUAACAUCAACCUUUAUCGACAUCGACAUUGGAUCCUUUGACUCUUCUCACUAUGCUGCGGGUGCGUCGACGACCCAGCCAUUCCAACUGGCCGAUGCAGAUACCAUCAAAGCAAACCGGACCAGCGGUCGCCAACACCGUGACUCCGGCGAAGCUCGCUCCCGCUCAUCGAGCGGUGGCCUAAGCAGCGAUCGAGAGUCUCAGGAUUUAACCUACCAACCCCAGAGCGGGCCAAGACCACCCACCAUGGACUGGAAGUUCCCAAGCUUCACGCCCCAAGACACGGAGGCAGCACCCGCAGAUGAGGGUCAAAACAAUCCCACGCACACGGAAGGCUCCCCAAAAAAUACUGAGCCGGAAGAGUUCAUCCCGACAGAAAAACGGGCAACAAUGGAGUGGAAAUUUCCAGAAGCUCCAACUCCGGCUCCAAACCCGGCUCCGGCUCCGGCGAAACCGCCCACAACAGACGAGUCUGACCAAGCAGCAAGACGUGCGACGAUGGAGUGGACUUUCCCAUCAAUGGGUGGCUCAGCAGACGCCGAUCAAGACUCGCAGGGUAACGACGUGGCGGUAGAAGCAAACCGGUUUAGCACUCUCAAAGCACCUCUCCCCCCACUGGAGCCAUCCGAAACUGCCAUCCGACCCCUCAGCAUCGGCGAACCCGGAGACGCCCGCCCAUCCACGUCAAACUCAGCAAAAUCCAGCUUUUCAGCCAGCUCAGACACAGACUACGACCCGUUCCGACUGGAUCGACCUCCCAGCCUCUCAGGCGACAAAUUCGCCCCAGACGACUUCCCACAACUCCUCGACUCCGCCGACCACGACGCGCAAUCACGCUCAUCAGUCAUAGUCGAAGACGGACCCGGCCCAGACGAAGAAGACGACGUGAUCGAAGAAGAAGACGAGCGCCAGCUCGACUGGCAGUCGAAUACCACUGCCACCACUGCCGCCAGCGACGCAGCCGAUCCGGGAUCCGACUCGGAGCCGUUCCCAGCAGCUCUAAUGCCCACCGACGAGGCUGCGGACCCGACUCCGCUGCCCACGGCGCGCCGCGUCCCGCACAUUGUGGAGCCGGUUUAUUUCCCAGACCUUGUUCCACCGGAUGCGUAUGCGCUCGCGGCUAAUGGUCAGGAGGGAACUAUGAAGGCUGAGUUGGAUCGGUUACUGGAGGAUUUCCUGGACGCGUUGUCGGCUACGGGUGAGGGGCUUGCUAGGACGAGGGUGAGUCCUGAAACGACCCCUAAUGGGAGGUCGACGCCGGAGGGGGUGGAAUGA